AUGAAUGCUCGCUGGACGAUCCCAUGGCUUGGAUCGCCUUGGGAUCAUGGCCCAUGGGAGUCUUGGUUUAAACCUUGCUCCGCAGUCGUUAGACUUGGGUCGUCUUAAGAGCACGAGAGACAUGCACUCUUUCCCCUAACCCUCCUGGCUGGACGUUCUAAUUGCUUGGAUCGCCGUAGAAGGAAGAUGGAAGCGUGAGCAUUGAGAGUUUCUGACUACAAGUUCAAGCGAUUCUUGGGUUGGGUUCUAGGUUGCAGUAGAAGUUGUUUAGGCCCAGGUUUCAGUUCUUGAUUGCAAGUGAUUUGGUGUUGUAUGGCUGGCGCCGUGGAUCUACUCUAUCUCAUGGCUUUUGAAGCUUCCAAGAAGGUGCUUGUGCUCAAGUGUCUUCUGAGUGGUGACCGCUGCGAUUGGGUAGGCAUAGUCCCGCUGGGGCUGCUGGUAUUAGCAUUUAUGCUGUGGAUCUGCAGCACUGAUAAGUCAACUUGGCGGAGCGUGCUUGAACUCGCCUGGGCUGGCGGAAAGCCUUCUGGUGAAAAAGCUGAAGAUAUCGAGGCUGGACAGUACUCGUUCGCGGACCUUGACGAGGAUCUUGCUGCUGUUGUGGAGAGCCCGCAUCUCAGAGGAGGAAUUUUAGAUCAGCUCUCGGUCCUCAUUGAAUGAAGCUGAAGCAACUGUGACGACCAUCGCAUGAGGAGCCACAAGAAUCUGACGAUAUUGAAGCUGUUGGACGAAUAUCCAUUAAUUUAGCUACUGUUGUGUAAGUUCUGUUCAUCGUGGCACAAUAGAAAUGUAUAUGUGAUAUAGAAAGUAUUCUCCGAUGUAGGGUAAUGGAUUAUGGCAAAGCCUGUUUGAGAAAGACUUUAAAAGCUAUCCGCAGGACACAUGCAUAGAGUAGAACUGCGUUCCCUCUGAGGUAACUUUACAACACCCAUGGUCCUGAUCCCAGAUCAAUAUGCAUUUGCCCUAAAUUCCAUCAGCAAUGGAGUUAACUUAUGUUUCUAAAAAAGAAAAAAUAUAUUUAUGUGAAUGUU